AUGCCCGCCCUUGAAACCACCCUUCUCUUGGCCCGCGACUGUAGUGGGGAUGACUGCGAAAAGCCCACCAGUACGUUCCUGAAGAGCGGCGUCCCUGGCAUCAUCAUCGGGGUACUGGUCCUGGCCGCGGCCGGCGUCUGCUGCUACUUCCUCUGGCGCAAUAAGAAGCGCGAUGCUCUAGAAGCCAAAUCUGCCAGAGAGUGGAAUUGA